CACACGCCGGUGGCGGCGCCCAUGCGCUCGCCGUCGGCCCGAGACCCUCGAACCCAUAAGUGUUAUCGGUGCAUCUGAAGCGAGCUCGUCCCGUCAUAUCGACACCGUCGGAUGGAACCCGGAGUGCAGCGAUUCGCAAGGUUAGACUAAUAUUUGAAUGUGAGUGUUGUGCGCCGCCCAAGCCCCAAGCCGCCCGCCGCAACCCUUCAGCCGUACGCGCAGUCCGCACGCUUAAUUCUAGGUACGUCCGAAAAACGAGGGAAAUCACCGAUGACUCAUACGGAAAACCGUAGCGUGCGUUGAAUUUUGUUUUAUUGAUACACCAUAGUUCACGAUAUAAGCGGUGGGAGCUAGCUCAGACAUGGGAAGUGAGCACUAUUGCCUGAGGUGGAACAAUCAUCAGAGCAACCUGCUGGGAGUAUUCAGCCAGUUGUUGCAAGACGAAAGCUUAGUGGACGUCACACUCGCGUGCUCAGAGGGUGCCUCCAUACGGGCUCAUAAGGUGGUACUGUCUGCUUGUUCAUCGUAUUUCCGUUCGCUAUUCGUGGACCAUCCAUCGCGCCAUCCUAUAGUGAUUCUUAAGGACGUGGGUUUGGAGGAACUCCGAACACUCGUCGACUUCAUGUAUAAGGGCGAGGUCAACGUCCAGUAUUGCCAACUCCCUGCUCUCCUCAAAACUGCUGAGAGCCUUCAGGUAAAAGGAUUAGCUGAGAUGACUACAUUAAGUGCCGCAGGUGUGGACGCUAGGAAUGUAUCGGAACCGAUGGAGGAAACUACAGCGCAAAACACUAGCGAAUGUACCGAGUCGCAGGACAGAUUGCAUGAAAGAGAAUCUCGCGAUAAAGAUGAGAGACACGAUAUAAAAGAACCCCGAGAAAGAGAAAAAGACAUACGAGAAAGCAGAGACAUACGUGAACCCAGAGAUUUGCGGGAAUCAAGGGGGGAAAAGGAACGAGAGUCCCGCGAGUUAAUGAGAGAUAGAGAACCCCGGGAAUCAAGAGAGACCCGGGACCAUAGAGAUAUACGAGACGGAAGGGAGUCUCGGGAGUUGCGAGAGUUACGCGAUGCCAGAGAGGGACCUGAGACUUCACCUCCUAGAAUAUCUCCUCUGCUAUCUGUGCGUAGAUUUAGAACGGAAUCAUCCGUUGAAACAUUGACGCCUACGCAUCCCCCGAUACUUAAAGAUGAACCCCCUGACGAACCUAUGAGAUCGUUGUCACCAGAAGACGACUCGGUUUCAAUACGAUCAAACGGAGCAAGUGAAAGUAUUGGUAUUAACAUGACGAUAAACAGUCACAGCAGCCUGGCUUCAAGAUAUUCACCUGUUGAACAGAGAUUGAGUGUCCUUAAUACAUUGCCACAUCCAGGGUUGCCACUCCAUUCUCACACAUCCUUGCCAAGCCCAAGAAAUGAGCCCAUUGCUGGACCAUCAGGACUGCCACCUGUUCAACAAGUACCAUUAUCAUUGAAAAAAGAAAUAGAUUGGGACCGAAGUAAUGAAGACAAGGGUGGUGGAGAACCUUCAGCUUCAGAUUAUCGACUGCAGCAUGAAUCGAUGUGUUUGGACAUGUCAUGCGGCGCGCCUGGCAUCCCUAGUCCGAUCCCACCGCGAAGCCCUACCGCCAUUCCGCUGUGGUCGCCACUGCUCGCGUUACAGGCUUGCCGAAUCAGAAGGUAUCUUAGCGAUGAUUGUAUGACUUAUCAAAAUCGUCAUCUCCUACACUCUGAACGCCGGAGGUGCGGCGUUUGCCUCGCAUCCUUUCCUUCGACUUGGUUACUUGAAAGACACGCUGCACUACAACAUGCUUCGCAAACAGCCUGUGAAGAUAAGCCAUUCGUUUGUGAACAGUGCGGACAAAGUUACAGGUAUAGAUCCGCUUAUGUCAAGCAUCGUGAACAAAAUCACCGAGCGAGGCUACCGGCGGAUAAGUUAUUUACGUGUGAUGUCUGCGGCAUGCAAUUUAGAUACCUAAAAUCUUUCAAGAAACAUCGUCUCAAUCACACAUUGGAAAGGCUUCACACUAAGAACACUGACCCUCCAGAAGAACCAGUGUCUAGCACCAAUGAAGUCUUAAUAGGACAAUGUGGGGAAAUGGAUUUAUCCCUCAAGAAGAGAAACAGAAAUGAAUCCACAAAGAGCCCGCCAAUUGAAGUUAUAGGUGAUGCGGAACAAGACAGCACCGUCGAUUCCAAUGGCGCCACUGAUUCAAUUGUUACCGUCGAUGACUCCACUGACUGUCGAAAUUCCAGUGCUGAAAGUGAAAUUAGGAGAGAUGAGGAUGCUGCACCUGAAGAAAGAAAACGGGUUCCCGUCUCAUUCGCCAGCAUCAGCUCAAUGGCAGACAGCUCUGAAAGCGAAUCGAGAGGCGACGGUAGCAAAAUUGAGACAUCCAGUGCACAUUCGGGUAUUCUUGGAUUUCUGCAAAACGAUGACAGACAAAGAGAUAGGGAGAGAAGAUUCGCGUGCCCCUUUUGUGGCAAAUGCGUUAGGUCGAAAGAGAAUUUGAAAUUGCACGUUCGAAAGCACACUGGGGAGCGUCCGUUUGUGUGUCUAUUUUGUGGAAGGGCUUUUGGUGGGAAGAGCGAUUUGACCCGUCACCUGCGCAUACACACGGGUGAGCGGCCCUAUCAUUGCGAAGCGUGCGGGAAGUGUUUUGCGCGAGCCGACUAUCUCUCGAAGCACCUCACCACACACGUCCACAACGCACGUUGAUCGAUCGCGCCGUCCUUAUUCAAUCUUUUCAUACCUCUAUAGUUAUCGACCGAGUCAAACAGCAAAUAGGAAUAUUUUUUAAAAAGUUUUUAACCUUCAUAAAAAUAUAUCUAAACAGGUCUAAUUAGAUUUUUACAUGACUGUUUUCGUUUCGGACUUCUAUUUAUAGUUUAAUAGAUAAUUUUCGAUAUUUAUUCUAUACAUAAUAAAUGGGAUAAUAUUUAUAAUUAUUGCUAAGGCAAAUGAAUGAUAUUUUAUAUGUUUUGUUAACGUCACACUACAUAAUUGGAACGCAAUAAUAUGGCUUUUAGUUCGUGUCCGAAUUCAAUUCAUGAUUUAAAUGUUUCGCAAACCGCUUAGAAGCAAUAUUAAGGUUCUUGAUAUAAUCGAAAAUUCCAGGGAUUCAUUACAAUUUUGUGUAACGUGUGAGAUACGUUUAUGCCAUAUAAUAUUAAAUCAAAAAUAUUGAUAGAAAACAAAUCUAUGGGAAUUAGCAAAAUGUAGUCGUGACGAAUAGGUAAGUAGGAGAAUGCAAAAGCUGUGAUUUCAUAUGAUUAAGACCAGUCAACAAGUUUUAGAACAUCGAAAUGUUUUAUGUAAGUAAAUUAAUAUUAACGUUUUCAUAUUAAAUAUAGAUUUAAGAAAUCUCUCUGUGCCAAAAUAUGUACCUCAUAUAAGUAACAAUGAAGUAGGUAAAAUAAUUAUUUAUUGCUUAAAUACGUUUUUCAACUUGACUGUCCAGUGCAGUUUAGACAAUCUGACUAUCAUUUUUAUAAUCUUAUUUAACUGUGUAGUUACAAUUAUAACAGAAAUGCCUACGUUUAAAUAAUUAUUUUCUUCGUUUGGUAACUAAAAAUACUCGCCCGCAAAUAAAUUAUAUUUUAAGAUUACACUAACUGCCAAUAUUGUGAUAUUAUUUAUACAAAUAAAUCUUUUGUAUGAAUCAUGCUUUUAUCAAAACUGUUAUCCGUGAAUGUUUCUUUAAAAACAAAUGGUAUGUCAAUUUUAACCAACAGACAGGAUUAUUGUUUUUCAUGUUAUAUUGUGCCUAAUAGCGUAAGAAUUUUAAUUACUUUUCUACCAGAAAUGUUUUAAUACAAAUCGGAAAAAAUGUCGCAUUGCUUUGGAAUUGUACUAAUUUGUUCGAUAUCUCUGUGUGAGACUCGUUUUCUAAAUUCAAAACAUUGUUUCCAAAUUUGAAAAGUUAGGCCAGGCUUACAGUCCGAAAGUCUAAACCUCAUAAAUGCUAAACGAUUUUUUUUAAUACUUGUCUAUUUCUUAUAUUUUUGUUUUCGUAUGUCGAUCGUUUGUUUUCGUAUGUCGUUUGGGUGGGAGACAGACAGUCAAUUACUAGACUCAUGGCGGUAAAUAUUUCUGGUUCACUCCGCAAUAAAGCAUGUGAAAGUUUUUACGUCGAUUUUACAAACCAAGCCAACUUAGUAUAAAAACUGUCAAUUACAUUAAUAAGAGAAAUAUUAUAGACCUAUAGAAUGCGGGCUAGUAUUUUUUAAAUAUAAUUAUCAGUAAUAGUUUAUAAGAGGCGUUUUGACGUAAUCCUCAACAAUGGCCUUCAUUAUAUUGUUUAGUAAAAUACAAAUAUAAUAAUAUAACAUUUAAUGUCAGUAAAAUAGUUUAGUUAAUCUAGUUCAUUUGGAUGGUUUGUUUUAAUAUAUGCAAUUUCCGAACACAAUAUUUUUACGAAGUAGAAAACGCCAGAGGGAUGUAAUGUUAAGUAAUUAAGUAUCGAAUCUAUAGCGUAAACGAAAAGCAAUACUCUGAUUUUAUUUUUACUAUGGAAAUACUCGAAAGUAAUAUUUGUGGAAACUAUGAGAAACAAUAUAUUUCGGGUUAGGAUCGAUGAAGCUUGAUUAAGUCGCAGGAAUACCCCUUGAAACGUGUCAUCGAAAACAUAAAAUUGUGUAUAUGUAGAUAUUUACCCAUUUAUAAAUGAUUAAGUAUUCAAAAUUGAUGUUGACUGUUUUUAUAAUUAUAUCAGUGGUAGUUACUUGAUGUUGUGGUGUAAAUUAGUGUCUUAUCUUAGUGGGCAAAGGCGUCUCGUAGGUAUGCUAUCGGUUGGUACUGUAAUAACAUCAAUGGCAUUCCACAUAACCGGCUCAUCCAAUAUGAGAUUGACAAAUUUUAAAUGGGAACGCAAAACGCGUCAAAUGUAUGAAAAAUCUUACGCGCGAAGACUUUUAAACAGAUAAUUUGCGCUAUACUAAAAUGUCGAAGUGAUUUAGAAACGACUGUUCAGCAGAAAUUUCUAGCUACCUUCGAGUUGUUUUUGCUCUUUUAGUAUUUAAUCGGUGUGGUCUCUUCUUUACAUAAAUUUAUUCGUGUAUAACAAUUAUGAACUAUCGUGUAUUAUUUUUAUUCGAAUUCUAAAGAAUAUUUGAGCACAGCAAAUGUAAAUAUGUGCUACCAGGUCAAAUGUGAUAAACUAGAUUUUAAGAGAUGUGCGGACUAUAGGUCUAGGUUUUCACUCAAUUGUAACGAAAUAUUUUAUGUCUAAAUAUUUUGUUACCUGACGAAAUGCAAGAUUUAUAUUCCUUUUAAUAUAUUACGUAGACCGCAUUGUCUAUAGACUCUUAUUUUUAGCGAUUUGGUGAAGAAUAUUCAUCUGUUUUGCUGCAGUGACUGUGAGGGGCAUUACUUAUUGAGUGCAUAUUAAAUCAACAAUGUAAACGUUAUGGCAAAAGUCCUCAUCGGAUUCUUAUGUUAUAUAAAUAAUUUAAAAUUCAAUAAUCACGAAAUGACAAAUGUCAGUUUCUAGAUAACCUUAAAAAUUUAUUAAAACUCCGUAAAACCUUUUGCGCCACCUUUAAAACAUUCAAAGGAUAACAUAUGAAAGCUGUUUUCUUUGCGAUCCAAAAUUAACUAACGAUAAAAAAACUUCAAUGGGAAAAUGAGCUCCGUCCGUUCCAAAAUAUUGGGCCGCAAUUCUUAUUUGACGGGAAGGAUUUUUGACACAUGACACUACCUACUAAAAAGAAACCUUUUGUCUUAUGCUUUUGUUAUUUUAUAUCAUAACGUGGUCCUACAAUGCUCUCUUUAAUUGACCCGAUAACAUCCAUUAUUUACAAUAAUCCUAACCCAAUGACGGGAAGAUUGACAUAAUAUUGGCAGAGAAUAUUGAGAUUUGGAACCGCAAGAUAAGAAGAAGGAGUUGCUAACAUUCGCGAUUCAAAUUUCUCCGUCAUGACGGAUGUUAGUCGAUUUGAGAAACAUACAAGUACAUAAAAUCAUCAAAGGUGAUUUGGUAUUUUGUAAUAUUGUUGUUAUAAUUGUGAUAUUACUAUAAGUUGAGACCGUGUAGCGAAAUAAUGUCAAGUUUGUAUUCAUACGUCUUGUUCGUGGCGCUUUAGUGCGAAAGUAACAUCAAUUUGCUGACGUAUAGAACUCAUUCUUGUCAUAUAGAAUCUCUACCAUGUUUGACAAAUUAUCAAGCAUAGAGUUCCGAGAUGCAAGCUUAAAUUUUGCAAAGAUUUUGCACUGAUAUUACGAUGACAUCCUACAAUUUGUCCAACUGGUAGAGAUGCCGAAUUCUCUGCACAUAGACAACAACGAUUGAUUCUAGACUGAUUUUCGGGUAGAGGUAACGUAGGCCAGAACGUUCACAGGCAGUAAAUAUUGUUAAUUUAAAGCCAAACGCAACUUCAAUAGUGUAACAUUAAGAGAGUUUAUUUAAUUUUAAACUUAUAUCUACAGAACGUUUUAUAUACCAAUCUUAAAUUAUUUUUCAGAUGUAUUGAUUUUUAUACAUGUCCAUAUUUUACAAGGUGAAUAGUGGUAAGUGUAGUUACAUAGAUGGGUCUAUUAACCGCGUGGUGCUACAUGUGUAAUGAUAUGUGAUAGAUAUUGUUCAGAGACAUUUUAUUUAUCAAGCUUCCAUAGAUAAUGUAACACAAUGUAUGACAGCAAUAAUUUUGUUUAGAUAAGAUCAGUUAUUUUACAAUCAACUUCGUUAUGUUUAAUUUUGUAAUGACCAAACAAAUUCAUCGGUUGCAUAGUCUGGCAUUGAUUGAACUGAUUUUGUAAUUAUUGAUGUCGGUAUAAAUAUUUUGGAUUUAUCGAUCAUUAGAUAUUUGUUUACCUACGAAUAAGUUGAACUUUAUAAUUGUAGAAAAGCAGGCAUUAUUGGUAAUGUGAAUCUAAUGAUUGAUAAAAGCCGUGUAUAUAAUAAUAAUUGAGACAUCGCUAGUUAGAUAAUAUUUAUUUGGGUUCGGAUAGGAAGGCUCACUGUAAUUUAUUAUUUGUUGACUUGUUUUAUGGCCUUAUAAAAAUGUAAGUUAGCCGCGUUAACCAAGAUCAAUCAAUAUUGUACAAUUUCUUAAAUAAAUCAUAUUUUUCAUGUAAAGAUAGUGAUAAUGACCUCUUUAGUCCUCCAAGGAACAGAAAGAGUUUGUUGACAAGGUUCGUUUUAAACACACUUUUCUAUGCGAAAGUUCACCCAUCGUAUUCCAUUAGCUAUUAGUUAUUAUGGUGUUCUGUGUAUUAAGUGGAUAAGUAUUGCCCGAUCCCAUUAAUUGAUUUUUCAAGUGACUGGUAGUUGACAUGCUUUAGAAUUGUUUAUGCCAGUAUAUAGUAUAAGUAUAAGUCCCACUACAUGGCACUGGAAAGGUGUAAGUCUGACACCGAGAUGUGUUUUACCUUUGUUCGUAUAGACCUAUAUACCUUUAGGGGGAACCUCUUCCUAGUUCCAUGUGAUUUAUUUUCCACUAUAGUGU